AUAAAAUGCCUCCGUUGUGCGUGAGCGCGUUGCGUUAGAGAGGCCGCCCUGCAGUAAAAACAUCUCGGAUGUCUGGUGACGUACCCGCCGCUCCGCCGUCUGCUCUGGAGGUUGUCAGCUUCAUCGGCAAAACAGUUGGCGCAGGCGCGGCACUGACAGCUGCUGUCUACUUACUCCGCAAAGUCUGUGUAAUAAUGGCCUGGAAAUCUGGAGGAGCCAGCCACGCAGAGCUUGUUAACAACCUCCGCAAAAAUGGCAUUAUUAAGUCCGACAAGGUCUAUGAAGUCAUGCUGGCCACAGACCGAGCCCAUUUCUCUAGGUGUAAUCCAUACAUGGACUCGCCACAGUCAAUAGGCUAUCAAGCAACCAUCAGCGCUCCACAUAUGCACGCCUACGCCCUGGAGCUUCUACACGACCAGCUGUACGAGGGAGCCAAAGCUCUGGACGUCGGCUCCGGCAGUGGAAUCCUGUCCGCCUGCUUCGCACGAAUGGUAGGUCCCAAAGGGAAAGUUAUAGGAAUUGAUCACAUCAAAGAGCUGGUAGAUGACUCUAUAACCAAUGUGAAGAAAGAUGACCCCAGUUUGAUAACAUCGGGCAGAGUCAAGCUAAUAGUGGGAGACGGGCGGAUGGGCCAUACUGAGGAAGCGCCUUAUGACGCCAUCCAUGUUGGCGCAGCAGCACCGACUGUCCCUCAAGCUCUUCUGGAUCAGUUGAAGCCCGGCGGCCGCCUGAUUCUGCCCGUCGGCCCGGCAGGAGGCAACCAGAUGCUCGAGCAGUACGACAAAAUGGAGGACGGCAGCACCAAAAUGAAGCCCUUGAUGGGGGUGAUUUAUGUGCCUUUAACAGACAGAGACAAGCAGUGGUCCAGGUGGAAGUGACUUCCUUCUCCCCUUCUUCCCCUUCUCUCCUUCUCACAGUGGCAAAGGGAUGAACUUUGAAGAGGAAGACAGUCCAUAAUCCACCUUUAAGUUUGAACCUGGAGAAAACUUGCGAUGAGGGGGUCUAACAAGCCCAUGACAUGACAUGCUUGUUUUUUUUUUUUUUUUGGUUUAAGUCUAAUGAUGGACUAGAGUAUCACACUGAUGACAGCCCAGAGGGGCUGGGAAGAAAGACUGCUUGAAGCUCAGCACAGAAAUACUGCAGAAGGCUUCUUUUUGUUUUGUUUUUCUUUUCAGACCUGCAUCUUUUUUUUUUUUUUUUGGUUGUGUUUUCCUUUUAAAACUGCUGGAUUUUUUUUUUCUUUUUUUGGGUUUGUUUGGUUGUUUUUUGUGAUUUCAUCAUUUGAAUUGCAAUCAGCCAUUUUUACAGUAUUACAUUUCAGCAGCAUCAAAGCUGAAUGUAGGAGGAACGCCGGACUACGACAACGAGGAAAGCCUGAAACUUUUAGAUAAUUCACCUAGCUACAGCGUGUGUGUGUGCGUGUGCGUGUGGAUCAUCUAACUGUAGACGUCUCUGCUAAAAUAUGAGCUUUUUUUCCCCAAUGCCAGCAGUGUUAGGAACACACACACAAGACAGGCAACACAAUGGCUGACGUAACCCACACAUCCCAUUUGAUGUGCAGCACCCUUAGGUUACUCUACACAUAGCGCAAGCAACGCGUCAACGGAUCAUACUGAAUAUACUCCAACAAACGUAGAGAGCGGAGCACUAAUAACACAGACACACAUGCACAUACAGGGCUGUGCUUUUUUCACCUGGUGAUGUGUUUGCUUUCUGCCGCUGGUUUAUUUUCCAUUACAGUUUUGCGCAGGCUCUUCUGGUGACUGAUGACGCUAAAUGGGAUAGUCACUGCUUUGCCAAAAUAAACUCCAACGAUACAAAGCAAAUGUCUGUUUUCUUCGACAAAACAAAAAGCACAUUUUAUUUUGGGUGAUCUAAGUCAUGGAUGAUAUUUGGCUUUCACAGUGUCUGGAACAGCAUAUGAAAAUAAAGAGAUGCUUAUGUUUUUGUC